AUGUCGAUUCCAGUCGGCAGACCUCGUGAAUCUCUGGUGAAGUAUGAUCCGCCUCUGGAGCUGGGCCCAGCACCUUCGGAUGCCGUCGGUCGCAAGGGCAACAAGCCGCCCAAGCCGAACUCUUUGAAGGCACAGCUUGCACGCAAGACGCAACUGCCACCAGCAGAAUCGAAGCCCAACACAGACGACGUUCUGCAUGCGCUCCUUCCGCCUCGUGAGUGGAUUGAGGACGGCAAGCAUUAUCAGCAGUAUGUCAGCAACCAACCGGCCACACGCCUGGAUGUCAUCCAGCUACAGGAGGCGUUAGACCAGCGUCUGAUGGAGCGGCAGGCUCGCGAGACUGGGAUUUGCCCUGUUCGGGAAGAGCUCUACUCACAGUGUUUUGACGAGCUUAUUCGUCAGGUCACGAUCAACUGCCCCGAGCGUGGAUUAUUGUUGCUACGUGUCCGUGAUGAGAUUCGCAUGUCCAUUGCGGCAUAUCAGACAUUGUACCAGAGCAGUGUAACCUUCGGCACACGGAAGCAGCUGCAGUCCGAGCAGGGCAAGGCAGAGACAGAGCAGAUGAUUGCCGAGCAUGAGGAGCAGAAGAAGCAGAGAGAGGCGCGUGUUGUGGAACUCAAGAACAAGUGCGAAGCCAUUGAACGCCGCGAAGCGGAACGUCGGGCGGUAGAUGAACGCAAGCGGAAAGAAGAAAUUGACUUCCUCAAGCAUCAGCAGCAGCACUUGGAAUCUUUCCUCAAGAGCCACGACUCGAAGUGA